AUGAAGGUCAGCCCGCAACAUCUGCAGCAGGCAGGAGGGAAGAUUAUGUCACUAACCCUGGGCCAGACGACAAAGACAAAGAGGCUGAGCAUGCAUGAGAAACUGGCCAUGGAAUUUCAUGAGCGCAAACUAAUGUAUUUAAAAUAUACUUGCCUUUUUGACCACAUCAAGCAGGAACGUGAGAAGGGGAACUAUACAGGGAUGGUAAUGUUAGACUUGCAGAAAGCUUUUGACACUGGACCAUGAUAUUCUCCUGAUGAAACUGAAAUGCAUGGGUCUAAAUUAUGUAGCAGUGAAUUAGUUUAGGUCUUAUCUGACCAACAGAACACAAGUGUGCAAUGUUGGUGAUGCUCUGUCAGAGGCCAAAGAAAUAUCCUUUGGAGUACCGCAGGGAUGGCGAACAAAAUGAAAUGUUUAUAUCGUAACUAGAUAUAUAUUUUAACAUCAAAGUUAAGAAGUGUGAAAAAAUUAAUGACUAAAAUGUAAGAAACUGCUUGUCUCAACCUUGAUUCAGUGUCAUUUUGAUUAUGCCUGCUCUGCUUGGUAUAGUGGACUAUCAAAAAAGCUGAAAAAGAGAAUGCAGGUCAUGCAAAAUAAUGUUAUCAGGUACAGUGAGGGAAAAAAGUAUUUGAUCCCCUGCUGAUUUUGUACGUUUGCCCACUGACAAAGAAAUGAUCAGUCUAUAAUUUUAAUGGUAGGUUUAUUUGAACAGUGAGAGACAGAAUAACAACAACAAAAUCCAGAAAAACGCAUGUCAAAAAUGAUAAAUUGAUUUUCAUUUUAAUGAGGGAAAUAAGUAUUUGACCCCUCUGCAAAACAUGACGUAGUACUUGGUGGCAAAACCCUUUUUGGCAAUCACAGAGGUCAGACAUUUCUUGUAGUUGGCCACCAGGUUUGCACACAUCUCGGGAGGGAUUUUGUCCCACUCCUCUUUGCAGAUCUUCUCCAAGUCAUUAAGGUUUCGAGGCUGACGUUUGGCAACUCGAACCUUCAGCUCCCUCCACAGAUUUUCUAUGGGAUUAAGGUCUUGAGACUGGCUAGGCCCCUCCAGGACCUUAAUGUGCUUCUUCUUGAGCCACUCCUUUGUUGCCUUGGCCGUGUGUUUUGGGUCAUUGUCAUGCUGGAAUACCCAUCCACGACCCAUUUUCAAUGCCCUGGCUGAGGGAAGGAGGUUCUCACCCAAGAUUUGAUGGUACAUGGACCCGUCCAUCGUCCCUUUGAUGCGGUGAAGUUGUCCUGUCCCCUUAGCAGAAAAACACCCCCAAAGCAUAAUGUUUCCACCUCCAUGUUUGACAGUGGGGAUGGUGUUCUUGGGGUCAUAGGCAGCAUUCCUUCUCCUCCAUACACGGCGAGUUGAGUUGAUGCCAAAGAGCUUGAUUUUAGUUUCAUCUGACCACAACACUUUCACCCAGUUCUCCUCUGAAUCAUUCAGAUGUUCAUUGGCAAACUUUAGACGGGCCUGUAUAUGUGCUUUCUUGAGCAGGGGGACCUUGCGGGCACUGCAGGAUUUCAGUCCUUCACGGCGUAGUGUGUUACCAAUUGUUUUCUUGGUGAUCCUCCUGUGUAGUUCUGGGCUGAUUCCUCACCGUUCUCAUGAUCAUUGCAACUCCACGAGGUGAGAUCUUGCAUGGAGCCCCAGGCCGAGGAAGAUUGACAGUUAUUUUGUGUUUCUUCCAUUUGCCAUUUCACCUUCUCACCAAGCUGCUUGGCGAUGGUCUUGUAGCCCAUUCCAGCCUUGUGUAGGUCUACAAUCUUGUCCCUGACAUCCCUGGAGAGCUCUUUGGUCUUGGCCAUGGUGGAGAGUUUGGAAUUGAUUGAUUGAUUGCUUCUGUGAACAGGUGUCUUUUAUAAAGGUAACAAGCUGAGAUUAGGAGCACUCCCUUUAAGAGUGUGCUCCUAAUCUCAGCUCGUUACCUGUAUAAAAGACACCUGGGAGCCAGAAAUCUUUCUGAUUGAGAGGGGGUCAAAUACUUAUUUCCCUCAUUAAAAUGCAAAUCAAUUUAACAUUUUUUGACAUGCGUUUUUCUGGAUUUUGUUGUUAUUCUGUCUCUCACUGUUCAAAUAAACCUACCUUUAAAAUUAUAGACUGAUCAUGUCUUUGUCAGUGGGCAAACGUACAAAAUCAGCAGGGGAUCAAAUACUUUUUCCCCCCUCACUGUAUAUGCUGAAUGUCCCCCCUAGAACCCACAUGUGGGUACAGGAGUUCUGGGAGGUGGACUUGUUGCCUUUGGAGUCCACAGUGGACCAACUUAAACUCAAUCAUAUGUUUGACUUCAUAAAGGAUCGUGUCCCGGGAUAUACAGUGGGGGAAAAAAAGUAUUUAGUCAGACACCAAUUGUGCAAGUUCUCCCACUUAAAAAGAUGAGAGAGGCCUGUAAUUUCCAUCAUAGGUACACGUCAACUAUGACAGACAAAAUGAGAUUUUUUUUUCCUGAAAAUCACAUUGUAGGAUUUUUUAUGAAUUUAUUUGCAAAUUAUGGUGGAAAAUAAGUAUUUGGUCAAUAACAAAAGUUUCUCAAUACUUUGUUAUAUACCCUUUGUUGGCAAUGACACAGGUCAAAUGUUUUCUGUAAGUCUUCACAAGGUUUUCACACACUGUUGCUGGUAUUUUGGCCCAUUCCUCCAUGCAGAUCUCCUCUAGAGCAGUGAUGUUUUGGGGCUGUCGCUGGGCAACACGGACUUUCAACUCCCUGCAAAGAUUUAAUGGUGUUGAGAUCUGGAGACUGGCUAGGCCACUCCAGGACCUUGAAAUGCUUCUUACGAAGCCACUCCUUCCUUGCCCGGGCGGUGUGUUUGGGAUCAUUGUCAUGCUGAAAGACCCAGCCACGUUUCAUCUUCAAUGCCCUUGCUGAUGGAAGGAGGUUUUCACUCAAAAUCUCACGAUACAUGGCCCCAUUCAUUCUUUCCUUUACACGGAUCAGUCGUCCUGGUCCCUUUGCAGAAAAACAGCCCCAAAGCAUGAUGUUUCCACCCCCAUGCUUCACAGUAGGUAUGGUGUUCUUUGGAUGCAACUCAGCAUUCUUUGUCCUCCAAACACGACGAGUUGAGUUUUUACCAAAAAGUUAUAUUUUUGUUUCAUCUGACCAUAUGACAUUCUCCCAAUCCUCUUCUGGAUCAUCCAAAUGCACUCUAGCAAACUUCAGACGGGCCUGGACAUGUACUGGCUUAAGCAGGGGGACACGUCUGGCACUGCAGGAUUUGAGUCCCUGGCGGCGUAGUGUGUUACUGAUGGUAGGCUUUGUUACUUUGGUCCCAGCUCUCUGCAGGUCAUUCACUAGGUCCCCCCGUGUGGUUAUGGGAUUUUUGCUCACCGUUCUUGUGAUCAUUUUGACCACACGGGGUGAGAUCUUGCGUGGAGCCCCAGAUCGAGGGAGAUUAUCAGUGGUCUUGUAUGUCUUCCAUUUCCUAAUAAUUGCUCCCACAGUUGAUUUCUUCAAACCAAGCUGCUUACCUAUUGCAGAUUCAGUCUUCCCAGCCUGGUGCAGGUCUACAAUUUUGUUUCUGGUGUCCUUUGACAGCUCUUUGGUCUUGGCCAUAGUGGAGUUUGGAGUGUGACUGUUUGAUGUUGUGGACAGGUGUCUUUUAUACUGAUAACAAGUUCAAACAGGUGCCAUUAAUACAGGUAACGAGUGGAAAAUGUAGAAAUGGCUUUAAAAAGCUUUUCAUUUGGACAAGGUUGUCUAACUAAGAGAACCAAUUCCGCUGCCCCGCUGCCCCCUACUGCUGGUCAGGUGUAUUUAUGUGAAUGAUAGGUAUGAUGUGCAAUGAAUAGAUCGUUUUUUAAGGUUGAAAUGUGAAAUGUAUAUGGUUGAUUUUUAAGGUUAGGGAAAAGUGCAAUGAAAAGUGGCACUUUCUAGGAUGUCAAUAUAAAUGAAUGUAUUUAUGGUUGUUAGAAAUGUUGUCUUCUUUUUAUUAAUUAUAUGUGUUAUCGUUUUUUUUACCAUAGAGGACCACUUUGGAAACAAGUGUUUUAAUUAAUACUUUUAAGUGAUAUCCUCUGGGUCCACAUUGUUCCUUUUGGUUGUGUAUGUCUGUUACCCAAAUCAAUUCAAUUUAAAAGAGGAGCAUGAUAUGACAAUGCAAAUCCUUCAUGUUGAGUUGGUUAUGAAGGAGGAGGAGAGAAACAGGAAGCAGCAGCAGUACCAAUGUUCUUCUCGAACCAGCACCAGUUCAGGGUCCCGAUAUUUCCAUUUGUGAAUAUCCAUGGGUAUUUUCUGCUUCAAUCACUUGAGCUAUCUGUUGUGAGAAGUGCUGCAUAGCAAAAGCCCCUCUGCAGGCUUGUCCAUUUCUGUCAUUGUCUGCCUCAACCAUGGGAACAUCUGGGUCAUCCUCACCUUCAAUGCGAGGAUCUGGGCAGCCAUGCUGUUUGAGGUUAUUGACAUCCAUCUAUAAAGCCAAUGACUCCAGGGAAGUUUGCAUAUUCAAAUAACUACUUUGUAGUUGGCUUGGGCAGCAGCAUCAGGGAACUUGAUGUAAUUGUCUUUCACUUCACAUAUAUCAUUGCAGACUUUGUGGACUAUUCUGCAUACAGUCGGUUCACUUAUACCACACAAAUCUCCUGUUUCACAAUGGAAUGUUCCAGAUGCCAAAAACCUCAAGGUGAUCAGUACUUGUAGGGAAGGAUGGAUGGGCCUUCCCCUGAGAGUCAGAUGAAAGCUUUGACUCAAGCAAACAAAUGUCAGCUGCAUUUGCUUUGUACAUACGGAAACGGUCACAGAAAUUGAUUUAAUCAAAAUCAUUCAGUGGGUUGCUCCUGUCUAUAACCACCCUUCUGUCUGCCCUUGGUGGUGCUCUUUGGUUGUAAUCCAUUUUCCUCCAUUGCCACGGUCAACCUUGGGGUCAACAUCCAUUAAUCUGAAGUUAAACAUGCCUCUGGCCAGGUUUAAUUUAAGCCUUCACUUAGAUCUAGAUUAACUCAAAUCGUCCUUCUGUAAAUCAGAUUUUUUAAAUCUAGACUAGGGAAAGUCUGUGACUAUUUAAAACGAUGUCUGAGAAGUGCCAUUUCAGUUAGUCCAGUUUAAAAAUGCAAUUUAGUCUAGGAUUAGGCUUAAUCUGUGUCCACGAAACCGCCCUUAUGUGUGUAACCUGACCUCUUCUCGUGUGUAUGUCCCAUGUCCAGGUGUGUGGAGGCCCUGGUGUCUGGUGGGGCUGAUGUGGAUCACAGGGCUGUGGGUGGACAGACCCCUCUGUUCGUGGCCAGCGGUGCUGGCAGGCUGGACUGUACCAGAGCCCUGCUCAACGCCGGGGCAGACCGCUCACGAUCCACCACCGUAAGUCUCCAACUGCCCCCUUUGUCCCAUAAUGUCCCCAACUGGUCCCAGAUGUCCUCAACCGUGCCCUAUUGUCCUCUGCUGUCCUACAGUUCCCCUAGUUUCAGAUGGUCCUCAACUGUCCCUUAUUGUCAAACUCAGGACUGAGAUCAUUAUACAUUUUUGCGCAGUGAAUCAAGUUCACAGAAAGCUAUUGGGUUUUAAUGUCUGAUAGGCGAGUCGUGGCAUGCAGUCAGUCCCUAGAAUAUAUACGCUUCAAAACCCCAAGGGAAUUCACUUUUUACAUUUGCAUCACAACACAAGGAGCUUCACAACAUGGCAUAGGACCAGAAAGCAAGUGAUCAGAACCUUUUUAGUUUUUUUUUAUCAAGUCUGUGGUCAUGGUUCAAAGCAUUUCACUUAUAGGUUUCCUGUAUCUCUAUAGCAACCAUAUGGGAUAUGACUAAUUACUCCCGAUAUUGUUGUUGCCAAUUAUUCACAAAUGUGUUUUGCUUAGUUCUGUAUUUAGACAGCUAUGUCUAAAUGUCUUGGUGACUCCACUCUGUGAAUAGCCACCACGCUGGCCCUAGGGCAACUGCAUACAUAUGCAGCUCCACUGGGCUAUUUUUGUCAACAUCACAUUUACAGAAAUCAUAUUAACCAAUAUUUCACGGAACGCAUUGCCAAUUUUGUGUGUAUUUUGAAUUGGAACAGCUUGGAGUAUGCAGGUGGCUUAUGUCUUUGUGUGUGCGUGUGCGUGUGCGUGUGCGUGUGUGUGUGUGUGUGUGUGUGUGUGUGUGAUCGUGAUCCACAGGACAGCUGCACAGCUCUCCACGCAGCGGUUAGCUCGGGACACGUGGACACUCUGCGGCUUCUCCUCUGCCACCCUCCCCCUGAUCACACACACCAUGACCCUAACCCUGACCACAACCAUAGCCCUGGUCCUGCCAUGGUCCCGAUCCUAUCCAGCACCUUGCUGAACCAGGCAAACUGUGAGGGCUGGACCGCUGCACACAUCGCUGCUGCCAGGGGCUUCAAGGUACUUGGACAUGACUGCUGUACUGUAAGCCCGCAGCAAUGUAGACAUACUGUAUGUAUGCACGUAGACACACUGACCAUCUGUUUCAAUUUGCUAAUUGGAGCCAAACUAAAAUGCACAUGCUUGCACAUAAACACACACAAACACAUAUAGUACCUGUGCAGAAUGGCCAUUUUGAGCCUGUAAUCGAACCCACAAUUGCCGAUGCUCCAGAUACUCAACUAGUCUCAAGAAGGCCAGUUUUAUUGCUUCUUUAAUCAGCACAACAGUUUUCAGCUGUGCUAACAUAAUUGCAAAAAGGUUUUCUAAUGAUCAAUUAGCCUUUUAAAAUGAUAAACCAUUGGAACACAGGACUGAUGGUUGCUGAUAAUGGGCCUCUGUACGCCUAUGUAGAUAUUCCAUUAAAAAUCAGCCAUUUCCAGCUACAAUAGCCAUUUACAACAUUAACAAUGUCUACACUGUAUUUCUGAUCAAGUUGAUAUUAUUUUAAUGGACAAAAAAAUUGCUUUUCUUUCGACAAGGACAUUUCUAAGUGAACCCAAACUUUUGAACGGUAGUGUGUACCGUAUUUUCCGCACUAUAAGGCGCACCGGAUUAUAAGGCGCACCUUCAAUGAAUGGCCUAUUUUAGAACUGUUUUCAUAUAUAGGGCGCACCGGAUUAUAAGGCGCAUAGAAUAGAAGAUACUGCAGUCAAACGUUUGACUGGGGUUGCGUUAUGCAUCCACUAGAUGGAGCUGUGCUAAAGGGAAUGUCAACAAAACAGUCAGAUAAAGUCAAACUUUAUUAAGCGUUCUGACAACUCCGUUCACUCCCAUGGUAACGUUGUUCAAACGUUAAUGUGCAUAUUAACAAUAUCUCCCAGCCUUGCUCACUCUUCUCCCAAACGUGGAGGGGAACUUUUCCCUGAUUCAGUAAACACGUAGUAAAUGAAACAGUCUGAUACCACUAAAUCAAACAUUAGUGCAUAACUCAACAUUGUUCAGUUACGUAUAACACGUAAAGCUCACUUUUUCAGUUCAUUCCCCGUCCAUGUUGAAUUCUCUCGCUGCUGCUCUAUUCCCAUAUUCUACUGCGUGACCGACAGCCUUGAGCUUGAACUCUGCGUCGUAAGUGUGUCUCUUGAAAGGUGCCAUUUUGGGGUCUUUAUACACACAAGUGGUGUGGGACUGUGAGUAAGCACAGUACCGGUGUUUACUGACUACGGUAGCCGUAAUGCUGCAAGCGGUGCGGCUUUGUAGUUUACCAGUCGUACUGAAACAUUUCAUUAUUAAAUUGUUUUUAUUGGUUUUUCAUACUGAAACAUUUUGACAGAGCGCCUUGAGUGCCGUGUACAACCAGUAUGGAUCAACCAAUUAACCAAUUGAUCCAUAUAUAAGGCGCUCCGGAUUAUAAGGCGCACUGUCGUUUUUUGAGAAAAUUAAAGGCUUUUAAGUGCGCCUUAUAGUGCAGAAAAUACGGUAUAUAUAUACAGUGAGGGGAAAAAAAGUAUUUGAUCCCCUGCUGAUUUUGUACGUUUGCCCACUGACAAAGAAAUGAUCAGUCUAUAAUUUUAAUGGUAGGUUUAUUUGAACAGUGAGAGACAGAAUAACAACAAAAUAAUCCAGAAAAACGCAUGUCAAAAAUGUUAUAAAUUGAUUUGCAUUUUAAUGAGGGAAAUAAGUAUUUGACCCCUCUGCAAAACAUGACUUAGUACUUGGUGGCAAAACCCAUGUUGGCAAUCACAGAGGUCAGACGUUUCUUGUAGUUGGCCAACAGGUUUGCACACAUCUCAGGAGCGAUUUUGUUCCACUCCUCUUUGCAGAUCUUCUCCAAGUCAUUAAGGUUUCGAGGCUGACGUUUGACAACUCGAACCUUCAGCUCCCUCCACAGAUUUUCUAUGGGAUUAAGGUCUGGAGACUGGCUAGGCCACUCCAGGACCUUAAUGUGCUUCUUCUUGAGCCACUCCUUUGUUGCCUUGGCCGUGUGUUUUGGGUCAUUGUCAUGCUGGAAUACCCAUCCACGACCCAUUUUCAAUGCCCUGGCUGAGGGAAGGAGGUUCUCACCCAAGAUUUGACAGUACAUGGCCCCGUCCAUCGUCCCUUUGAUGCAGUGAAGUUGUCCUAUCCCCUUAGCAGAAAAACACCCCCAAAGCAUAAUGUUUCCACCUCCAUGUUUGACAGUGGGGGUGGUGUUCUUGGGGUCAUAGGCAGCAUUCCUCCUCCUCCAAACACGGCGAGCUGAGUUGAUGCCAAAGAGCUCGAUUUUGGUCUCAUCUGACCACAACACUUUCACACAGUUCUCCUCUGAAUCAUUCAGAUGUUCAUUGGCAAACUUCAGACGGGCCUGUAUAUGUGCUUUCUUGAGCAGGGGGACCUUGCGGGCGCUGCAAGAUUUCAGUCCUUCACGGCGUAGUGUGUUACCAAUUGUUUGCCUUGAGAUCAUUGACAAGAUCCUCCCGUGUAGUUCAGGGCUGAUUCCUCACCGUUCUCAUGAUCAUUGCAACUCCACGAGGUGAGAUUUGCAUGGAGCCUCAGGCCGAGGAAGAUUGACAGUUAUUUUGUGUUUCUUCCAUUUGCGAAUUAUCGCACCAACUGUUGUCACCUUCUCACCAAGCUGCUUGGCGAUGGUCUUGUAGCCCAUUCCAGGCUUGUGUCGGUCUACAAUCUUGUCCCUGACAUCCUUGGAGAGCUCUUUGGUCUUGGCCAUGGUGGAGAGUUUGGAAUCUGAUUGAUUGAUUGCUUCUGUGGACAGGUGUCUUUUAUACAGGUAACAAGCUGAGAUUAGGAGCACUCCCUUUAAGAGUGUGCUCCUAAUCUCAGCUCGUUACCUGUAUAAAAGACACCUGGGAGCCAGAAAUCUUUCUGAUUGAGAGGGGGUCAAAUACUUAUUUCCCUCAUUAAAAUGCAAAUAAAUUUAUAACAUUUUUGACAUGUGUUUUUCUGGAUUUUUUUGUUGUUAUUCUGUCUCUCAUUGUUCAAAUAAACCUACAAUUAAAAUGAUAGACUGAUCAUUUCUUUGUCAGUGGGCAAACAUACAAAAUCAGCAGGGGAUCAAAUACCUUUUUCCCUCACUGUAUAUAUUAUAUUUUUUUAACGACCCAUGGUAACAUUUUUCAACCAUAUAUGGCCUAUUUGUGUGUUUUUAAUUACGUUGAUAGAAUAAUAAUGUUAGAAAAUAACUCAUUUGUAAAUACACUUGAACAUAAAUUAAUACAUUUGCUUGAAAUUACCCUCUAUCCAACCAGCAUCUUUUUAAAGGUACCGCCCCCUCACAAUCCCCCCUAAGCUUCUGUAGUUUUCACCAUGGAUUUCAUGGUUGUUUUUGUCAAAUCCUCUUGCAUAUUCAACAUUAGGUGGAGACUAUGUUUAAGAAAAUGAUACCCCCCUGUUUUAUGAUCUAAACAGGCUUCUCUAGAAUUGACCAAUGCACAAAUCGUUUACAUAUGCUCAAGAUCAAAACCCCUAUUUAUGAGAUUUGGCCGUUCCUUUUCGGGACUGACAUGUUUGAGUGGUCAUAACAGAUAUUUGUGCGAAUGUAAAAUCAAUGGGAAAAUGAGCUUUGUACAAGCAAGAAUUGGAAUAUGCAUUGGUUUUCUUAUUAAAUAUGAAUCGAUCCAGCAUCACUUGUGACAAGUGAAUUUACACCCCACAAAAACAGGGAGAUAAAUGCUAGGAAGAGUGGAGUCCUGAGGUGGGCGGGGCAUGCACGUUGCUACACACAGACACGUACAGUGCCUUCGGAAUGUAUUCAAACCCCUUGACUUUUUCCACAUUUUGUUACGUUACAGCCUUAUUCUAAAAUUGAUGAAAUCAAUUUUUUUCGCAUCAAUCUACACACAACACCCCAUAAUGACAAAGCAAAAACAGGUUUUUAGAAAUAUUUGCAAAUGUAUUAAAAAUAAAAAACUGAAAUAUCACAUUUACAUAAGUAUUCAGACCCUUUACUCAGUACUUUGUGGAUGCACCUUUGGCAGCAAUUACAGCAUCAAGUCUUCUUGGGUAUGACGCUACAAGCUUGGCACACCUGUAUUUGGGGAGUUUCUCCCAUUUGUUCUCUGCAGAUCCUCUCAUGCUCUGUCAGGUUGGAUGGGGAGUGUUGCUGCACAGCUAUUUUCAGGUCUCUCCAGAGAUGUUAGAUCGGAUUCAAGUCCGGGCUCUGACUGGGCCACUCACUGACAUUCAGAGACUUGUCCCGAAGCCACUCCUGCGUUGUCUUGGCUGUGUGCUUAGGGUCGUUGUCCUGUUAGGUGAACCUUCGCCCCAGUCUGAGGUCCUGAGCGCUCUGUUCAUCUUUGCCUCGAUCCUGACUAGUCUCCCAGUCCCUGCCGCCUGAAAAACAUCCCCACAGAUGCUGCCACCACCAUGAUUUACCGUAGGGAUGGUGCCAGGUUUCCUCCAGAUAUGAUACUUGGCAUUCAGGCCAAAGAGUUCAAUCUUGGUUUCAUCAGACCAGAGAAUCUUGUUUCUCAUGGUCUGAGAGUCUUUAGGUGCCUUUUUGCAAACUCCAAGCGGGCUGUCAUGUGCCUUUUACUGAGGAAUGGCUUCCGUCUGGCCACUCUACAAUAAAGGCCUGAGUGCUGUAGGGAUGGUUGUCCUUCUAGAAGGUUCUCCCAUCUCCACAGAGGAACUCUAGAACUCUGUCAGAGUGACCUUUGGGUUCUUGGUCACCUCCCUGGCCAAGGCCCUUCUCCGCCGAUUGCUCAGUUUGGCUUGGCGGCCAGCUUUAGGAAGAGUCUUGGUGGUUCCAAACUUCUUCCAUUUAAGAAUGAUGGAGGCCACUGUGUUCUUGGGGAUCUUCAAUGCUGCAGAAAUGUUUUGGUACCCUUCCCCAGACCUGUGCCUCGACACAAUCCUGUCUCGGAGCUCUACGCACAAUUUCUUCGACCUCAUGGCUUGGUUUUUGCUCUGACAUGCACUGUCAACUGUGGGACCUUUAUAGAUUGGUGUGUGCCUUUCCAAAUCAUGUCCAAUCAACUGAAUUUACCAAAGGUGGACUCCAAUCAAGUUGUAGAAACAUCUCAAGGAUAAUCAAUGGAAACAGGAUGCACCUGAGCUCAAUUUCAAGUCUCAUAGCAAAAGGUCUGAAUACUUAUGUAAAUAUGGUAUAUCUGUUUUAAUUUUUUUAUAAAUCAGCAAACAUUUCUAAAAAACUGUUUUCACUUUGUCAUUAUGGGGUAUUGUUUGUAGAUUGCUAAGGAUUUCUAUUUAUUUAAUCCAUUUUAGAAUAACGUAACAAUGUGGAAAAAGUCAAGGGGUCUGAAUACUUUCCGAAGGCACUGUACACACACAUUCUGUACACAACCUCUCAGACCCUUUGGUGUGUGUGUGUGUGUGUGUGUGUGUGUGUGUGUGUGUUGUCAGGACUGCCUGGAGGUGUUGUGUAACCACAGUGACCAGGACAUAGAGAGGAGGGACAAGUGGAACCGCACCAUCCAUGACGUGGCCACCGACGACUGCAAAGACCUACUAGAGAACCUAUGUGAGUACCAGUACCAGGGUGUGUGCAUGCUUGUGUGCUUGUUUUAUUUUGUUCCAGCCCAGCACUUGAUGGAACUGUAGCUCUCCAUCGCUCUUUUCAGUCAUAUGGAAAUAUGUAAUUGGCUUCCAUUCAAACAUUACAAUAAUACUACACCGAACAAAAAAAUCUACUCAACAUGCAACAAUUUCAAAGAUUUUACUGAGUUACAGUUCAUACAAGGAAAUCAGUCAAUUGAAAUAAAUUCAUUAUUUCAAUCUAUGGAUUUCACAUGACUGGGAAUACAGAUAUUCAUCUGUUGGUCACAGAUACCUUAAAAAGGUAGGGGCGUGGAUCAGAAAACCAGUCAGUAUCUGGUGUGACCACCAUUUGCCUCAUGCAGUGCGGCACAUCUCCUUCGCAUACAGUUGAUCAGGUUGUUGAUUGUGGCCUGUGGAAUUUUCAAUGGCUGUGCGAUGUUGCUGGAUAUUGGCGGGAACUGUAACACGCUGUCGUACACGUCGAUUCAAAACAUCCCAAACAUGCUCAGUGGGUGACAUGUCUGAGUAUGCAGGCCAUGGAAGAACUGGGACAUUUUCAGAUUCCAGGAAUUGUGUACUGAUCCUUGCGACAUGGGGCCGUGCGUUAUCAUGCUGAAACAUGAGGUGGUGGAGGCGGAUGAAUGGCACGACAAUGGGCCUCAGGAUCUCGUCACGGUAUCUCUGUGCAUUUAAAUUGCCAUUGAUAAAAUGCAAUUGUGUUCAUUGUCCAUAAAUUAUGCUUGCCCGUACCAUAACCCCAAAGCCACCAUGGGGCACUCUAUUCACAACGUUGACAUCAGCGAACCGCUCGCCCACACGACGCCAUAUGCCCGGUACAGUUGAAACCAGGAUUCAUCCGUGAAGAGCACACUUCUUCAGCAUGCCGGUGGCCAUCGAAGGUGAGCAUUUGUCCACUGAAGUUGAUUACGACGCCGAACUGCAGUUAGGUGAAGACCCUGGUGAGGACGACGAGCACGCAGAUGAGAUUCCCUGAGACGGUUUCUGACAGUUUGUGCAGAAAUUCUUUGGUUGUGCAAACCCACAGUUUCAUCAGCUGUCCGGGUGGCUGGUCUCAGACGAUCCUGCAGGUGAAGAAGCCAGAUGUGGAGGUUCUGGGCUGGCGUGGUUACACGUGGUCUGUGGUUGUGAGGCCGGUUGGACUUACUGCCAAAUUCUCUAAAAUGACGUUGGAGGCGGCUUAUGGAGAGAAAUGAACAUUCAAUUCUCUGGCAACAACUCUGGUGGACAUUCCUGCAAUCAGCAUGCCAAUUGCACGCUCCCUCAAAAUUUGAGACAUCUGUUGUAUUGUGUUGUGUGACACAACUGCACAUUUUACAGUGGCCUUUUAUUGUCCACAGUACAAGGUACACCUGUGUAAUGAUCAUGCUGUUUAAUCAACCUUUUGAUAUGCCACUCCUGUCAGGUGGAUGGACUAUCUUGGCAAAGGAGAAAUGCUCACAAACAGGGAUGUAUACAAAUUUGUGGGUGUGGAGAAUUUCUGGGAUCUUUUGUUUCAGCUCAUGAAACAUGGGACCAACACUUUACAUGUUGCGUUUUUCUAUUUUUGUUCAGUGUAAAACGAAUUCUCUCUCUCUGCCUCCCCUCGCUCUGUUUUAUUUUCCUUUUAUGCCCCACUCUCUCCCUCCCUCUCUCAGACUCCUACAGGGUGUUAGUUUGUGUCCAGUCCAGCGGCUCAGGAGAGCCCAUGUGUCCAGUGGAGGUUUUGAAGGAUGGUGUGUGUGUAAGCGUGCUGGGGGGUGUGUGUAUUCACCGGGCUACACGCUGGGCCGAGCUGAACCACGCCCUGGGCCAAGCCUUGACCUCUCACCUCCAGCUGCUCUGUGGCAACACCAACACACACACACACACACACCAACACACAAACCAGCCCACCAGAGAUGACACACUCCAACACACACACCUGGGACUGACCCCUGCUAGCAUGGCCUCCGUCCUCAUAGGUAAGGAGCUGUAAUGAUUGUUGUUCAAUUGAUUCACUAGUUAUUUUAUUAUAAAUACCAAUAUGACUUUAACUCCUUGACAUUGCCUUAGCUAGUGGUAUGUUUACCAAAGUUUAGCCUAGCCCGCUGUCUCUAAAGGAUAUCCCAAACAGAGAGCAUGCACCUGGUCGCUGUUGCAGGCAGUGAGCAGGGCCUUGUCUGUUAUUUUAGCCGUAUCUCCCAACCAGAGCCAAGUUUACAGAGGUGUUGCGGUCUAUUUUGUGCGACAGUGCAACACGUUCCAAACAGCUGCUACCCCUGAACGCCUCCCGACCACCCCUGGGUUCAAGUUUGAAUUUCCCUUCGUAAGCAUGAGGGAAUGGAUGGCACCCAAUAGGAGACCAACCAACCAACGACUCCCUGCUGAACUGAAUCGCUUAUAUGAAUAUGAAUCUAUCCUAUUCUCAACAAUGAAUUGCUAUUACAGUAUGAGUUAAUUCCAGGGGAUUCACUAUGGAAAGUAUGAUUCUUAGACAAAUAGUUUUCAUUUGAUUCGCUGCAGGUGAAUCACCAGCCCUCUAUAUCUCCAAUAGCAGAUGAAUAGCAGGCUGUAAAAUUAUGAAUAACUGUCAAUAGAGUUUAGUUAUGCUUUAUUCACAUUUACAGCUUAAAAGCUGAAUUGCAGUCACUGUUGGAUGAAUAGUUUUGGAAUUAAUUGACUCCUUGAUAGAUUAUUAUUGAUAUCAGGGCUCGUCCAGGCACCUGGCUUUGCAGCUGGUUUAGCAAAGGUUACACAUACACACACAGUCACACACACACACACACAGAAGCAUGCACGCACACUCUCUCUCCCUCUCUCUAUUUCUGUAUCACACAUGCACGCACACAUUGCAGCUCUGUUGGAUGGCACGCAUCCCUGGGUCCUGUCCAAAGGUGUGAUCGGGCCAAGCUAGAGAGGGCUGGGACAUGAGCCUAUUUGAUUUUAGCCCGAUCACACCGCACCACAUUCACACAGAGGAUGCCCAAAUUGAACACAUACACUCUCCAAGGAGGUAAUUUCCCGGUCGCAUUGUUAGGACAAACUCCCUAACGUGUGUCCUGUCUACUAUCAAUGACUAAUCUCGGCAUGAAGAACCAAAUCAACUAUAAAAAUUGUAACAUGUUAAUGUUAAGUCUGUCACAAGAGACUAAUGAAUGAUUGGCUUGGUACAUAGAGUCUGAACCAACUGAGUGAAGUCUAGCCUUGCCAGGGGAAAGAUCAUCCAGUGUGUCUGUCUGAGCUCAGACAAAGGAGAGGAGAAUGGUUCUGUCCUCUGUUUAACACAUCAAGGUGAAACCAUCGGUGGGAAUUAUGCCGACGCAACCGCUUUUCCAAAACUCUAGGACGAGAGAGCGAGGGAAUCCGCGGUGAAGGGAGGGAUGAAAGAGUGGAGACUGGGGAUGCAUUAUGGAUGAGAUGUAGAAAGAUAGAGGAGGAGGUGAGAGGGAGGGGGAGAAUUUGGCAUAUUUAGUGAAAUGUCUGGUUUCUGUGUGAAGAUCAGCACCCUCAAUGGGUUUUGGGUUCGUCUUUCUCUUCACCUCUGAGGGAGUGUGUGCAUGGGUGGGUGCAAUCACUGCAUUUGUGGGCGCACUCCAUGUGUGUGCUUACAGAACCUUUUAACGUGUCAACUGUUUAAAAGUGUUUGUGUAGUGUUGACGUAAAGUUGUCUAGACAUGGCUACAGUAUGUGUAGUUUUUAGGUUAUGUUUGUAUGCAAAUGUGUGUGCGUUUGAGUAUCAAAUCAAAUGUUAUUUGUCACAUACUCGUGUUCAGCAGAUGUUUUUAGCGGGUGUAGCGAAUUGCUUGUGCUUCUAGCUCCAACAGUGCAGUAAUAUCUAACAAGUAAUAUCUAACAAUUUCACAACAUAUACCCAAAACACACAAAACUAGUAAGGAAUGGGAUUUAAGAAUAUAUACAUAUAUGGACAAGCAAUGACAGAGCGGCAUGGACUAAGAUACAGUAGAAUAUUAUAGAAUAGAAUACAGUAUAUACAUAUGAGAUAAGUAGUGCAAGAUAUGUAAACAUUAUUAAAAUGACUAGUGUUCCAUUUCUUAAAGUGGCCAGUGAUUUCAAUAGGCAGCAGCAGCCUCUAAUGUGCUAGUGAUGGCUAUUUAACAGUCUGAUGGCCUUGAGAUAGCUGUUUUUCAUUCUCUCGGUCCCAGCUUUGAUGCACCUGUACUGACCUCGCCUUCUGGAUGAUAGCGGGGUGAACAGGCAGUGGCUCGGGUGGUUGAUGUCCUUGAUGAUCUUUUUGGCCUUCCUGUGACAUCGGGUGCUGUAUGUGUCUUGGAGGGUGGGUAGUUUGCCCCCGGUAAUGCGUUCGGCAGACCACACCACCCUCUGGAGAGCCCUGCGGUUGUGGGCGGUACAGUUGCCGUACCAAGUGGUGAUACAGCCCGACAGGAUGCUCUCAAUUGUGCAUCUGUAAAAGUUUGUGAGGGUUUUAGGUGCUAAGCCGAAUUUCUUCAGCCACUCCCAGAGCCCUCACCUCCUCCCUGUAGGCGGUCUCGUCAUUGUUGGUAAUCAAGCCUACUACUAUUGUGUCGUCUGCAAACUUGAUGAUUGAGUUGGAGGCGUGCUUGGCCACGCAGUCAUAGGUGAACAGGGAGUACAGGAGGGGGCUGAGCACGCACCCUUGUGGUGCCCCAGUGUUGAGGAUCAGUGACGUGGAGAUGUUGUUUCCUACCUUCACCACCUGGGGGCGGCCCGUCAGGAAGUCUAGGACCCAGUUGCACAGGGCGGGGUUCAGACCCAGGGCCUCGAGCUUAAUGAUGAGCUUGGAGGGUACUAUGGUGUUGAAUGCUGAGCUAUAGUCAAUGAACAGCAAUCUUACAUAGGUAUUCCUCUUGUCCAGAUGGGAUAGGGAAGUGUGCAGUGUGAUGGCGAUUGCAUCGUCUGUGGAUCUAUUGGGGCGGUAAGCAAAUUGAAGUGGGUCUAGGGUGACAGGUAAGGUAGAGGUGAUAUGAUCUUUGACUAGUCUCAUGAUGACAGAGGUGAGUGCUACAGGGCGAUAGUCAUUUAGUUCAGUUACCUUUGCUUUCUUGGGUACAGGAACAAUGUUGGCCAUCUUGAAGCAUGUGGGAACAGCUGACUGGGAAAGGGAGAGAUUUGAAUAUGUCCAUAAACACACCAGCCAGCUGGUCUGCGCAUGCUCUGAGGACACGGCUAAGGAUGCCGUCUGGGCCGGCAGCCUUGCGGGGGUUAACAUGCUUAAAUGUCUUAAUCACGUCGGCCAUGGAGAAGGAGAGGCCACAGUCCUUGGUAGUGGGCCUCGUCAGUGGCACUGUGUUAUCCUCAAAGUGGGCGAAGAAGGUGUUUAGCUUGUCUGGAAGCGAGACGUCGGUGUCGGCGACGUGGCUGGUUUUCUUUUUGUAGUCCGUGAUUGUCUGUAGACCCUGCCACAUACAUCUCGUGUCUGAGCCGUUGAAUUGCGACUCCACUUUGUCUAUACUGAUGUUUUGUCAGUUUAAUUGCCUGUAUUGUGUGUGUAUUUUAUACAGUGUGUAUUGCUGUUUGUUAACAUGUCUUGUCUUGUUGUUGUAGGUGACACGGUGUGGUUGCCAGGUCAGGAGCUGUCUCUGUCUCCAUGGGACCUGGUCAGGAAGCCUCUCAGCCAGCACAUCACCAUCAGACUCAAAGGUACCAAUCUGGCAACCCUGAUCAUCUUGGAAUACAACUCUCCUCUUUUCUUCCCUCUUCUCUUUUUUCUUCUCUUCUCUUAACUUCUCUCCUCUGCUGUGUGUGUGUGUGUGUGUGUGUGUGUGUGUGUGUGUGUGUGCGCGCGCGCACGCGCGCCUGUCUCUAUCGAGCCCCUGUCCACCCACUGCCAGAGUAUUGGAGCUUUGCCAGGGAAUCUUUAGCUAGCUUUUUCUCUUUCUGCUGUGUUAUAUAGACGGGUUUAGCAACAAAACUGACGCGUGCGCAACUAUGGGGCAAAACAGACAGGGUUGGCUUAAAUUGUAAACUAUAUUUCGUGUCCAUCAAUACAUUUGCACAAUGAGCACUUGUUGUCUCUCAAAUACAGUGAGGGAAAAAAGUAUUUGAUCCCCUGUUGAUUUUGUACGUUUGCCCACUGACAAAGAAAUGAUCAGUCUAUAAUUUUAAUGGUAGGUUUAUUUGAACAGUGAGAGACAGAAUAACAACAAAAAAAUCCAGAAAAACGCAUGUCAAAAAUGUUAUAAAUUGAUUUGCCUUUUAAUGAGGGAAAUAAGUACUUGACCCCCUCUCAAUCAGAAAGAUUUCUGGCUCCCAGGUGUCUUUUAUACAGGUAACGAGCUGAGAUUAGGAGCACACUCUUAAAGGGAGUGCUCCUAAUCUCAGUUUGUUACCUGUAUAAAAGACACCUGACCACAGAAGCAAUCAAUCAAUCAGAUUCCAAACUCUCCACCAUGGCCAAGACCAAAGAGCUCUCCAAGGAUGUCAGGGACAAGAUUGUAGACCUACACAAGCCUGGAAUGGGCUACAAGGUCAUCGCCAAGCAGCUUGGUGAGAAGGUGACAACAGUUGGUGCGAUUAUUCGCAAAUGGAAGAAACACAAAAUAACUGUCAAUCUCCCUCGGCCUGGGGCUCCAUGCAAGAUCUCACCUCGUGGAGUUGCAAUGAUCAUGAGAACAGUGAGGAAUCAGCCCAGAACUACACAGAAGGAUCUUGUCAAUGAUCUCAAGGCAGCUGGGACCAUAGUCACCAAGAAAACAAUUGGUAACACACUACGCCGUGAAGGACUGAAAUCCUGCAGUGCCCGCAAGGCCCCCCUGCUCAAGAAAGAACAUAUACAGGGCCGUCUGAAGUUUGCCAAUGAACAUCUGAAUGAUUCAGAAGAGAACUGGGUUAAAGUGUUGUGGUCAGAUGAGACCAACUCGCCGUGUUUGGAGGAGGAGGAAUGCUGCCUAUGACCCCAAGAACACCAUCCCCACCGUCAAACAUGGAGGUGGAAACAUUAUGCUUUGGGGGUGUUUUUCUGCUAAGGGGACAGGACAACUUCACCGCAUCAAAGGGACGAUGGACGGGACCAUGUACCGUCAAAUCUUGGGUGAGAACCUCCUUCCCUCAGCCAGGGCAUUGAAAAUGGGUCGUGGAUGGGUAUUCCAGCAUGACAAUGGCCCAAAACACACGGCCAAGGCAACAAAGGAGUGGCUCAAGAAGAAGCACAUUAAGGUCCUGGAGUGGACUAGCCAGUCUCCAGACCUUAAUCCCAUAGAAAAUCUGUGGAGGGAGCUGAAGGUUCGAGUUGCCAAACGUCAGCCUCGAAACCUUAAUGACUUGGAGAAGAUCUGCAAAGAGGAGUGGGACAAAAUCCCUCCUGAGAUGUGUGCAAACCUGGUGGCAAACUACAAGAAACGUCUGACCUCUGUGAUUGCCAACAAGGGUUUUGCCACCAAGUACCAAGUCAUGUUUUGCAGAGGGGUCAAAUACUUAUUUCCCUCAUUAAAAUGCAAAUCAAUUUAUAACAUUUUUGACAUGCGUUUUUCUGGAUUUUUUUGUUUGUUAUUCUGUCUCUCACUGUUCAAAUACACCUAACAUUAAAAUUAUAGACUGAUCAUGUCUUUGUUAGUGGGCAAACGUACAAAAUCAGCAGGGGAUCAAAUACUUUUUUCCCUCAGUGUACAUCAUUACAGUUGUCGGUUAGCUAGCUAGCAAAUUUUUGCCGUAUUAGCAUAGACGUGACAUCAGUCAAACACCUGAAAACAAGACAUGGAAUCAAGAACAAGAUAAAACUAGCUGAAACGAGCCACCUACGAUUUCCCACAUGGCAGAUUCUAGUCAUUGUUGCUAGCCAUCUGGCCAUCCAGAAUCACAACACCACCUUCUGCCCUUUUUGAAGCGCGCGCAUCGUUUUUGUGACAUUGUCAGCUAAGCCGUCUAUUGGCUGGCUCAUUUUCAGUCUGCUUAGAACAGUGUGUUUUGACAGCACAGGGAAGAUUCCUCUAGUUUUGACACUGAAACAGUGUAUCUGAUGCUCAAAGCACUGUUAAACUCUCAGGAGGAUAUUCAAGUGUGUGUGUCUGUCUUCCUGCAUAUGUCUAUGCGUCUGUGUGUGUGUUAUGACUGCUCAUUUCCAUGUGGGUUGUGUAUUUCUUGACAGGUCUGUCAGAGUCGUGUCUGGAUGAGCUGGCCCUGGAAUCUCUUAUCCCCCUUCAGCUGCUGCAGAACUACGUCCGCCUGGUACACACACACACACACACACACACACACGGAAAAAGGAGAAUAAUAAUGGAUUCCCAAAAUAGGUCACUUGGAUUCUGGGUCUAGUAUUUUUAUGCAUGUUAGUAUGCCCUCUACUGGCCACAUGUAUACUUGCCACAUUCCUUUAGCAUGAGAAUGUGGUGACUGUGAGUUCCUGUGUCCCCCAUUUCUGCCUAAGUGUGUCUGAAACUGCUUGCUUAUAAAGGAAAGGAUAGAAAGGGAGCUUAGUGUGCCACUUUGUUAUAUAGUCUUCAACUCAUCCCUCUUCAGGUGGAACAGUACCGUAACAUUAUCUUCCACGGGCUGGAGGGGAGCUGUCAGGAGUACCUAGCCAAUCAGAUCUCCCGCUGCAUCAAGACCAAGCAGGAAGUGGUGGGUGUGGCCUGUGACAUCAUCAGGGUGGAGGUGGACAGGAGUCUGACUAAACAACAGCUGUUGGACACCUUCAUAACUUGUGGUAAAUACAUAUAAAUCACAUUUCACACUUAUUGUAUUGUUCUGUAUUCUAUGUGUUAUUAUAGAAAUAUAGAUAUACUUGCCUUGUUUCUGUUCAGGGAGCUUGGAUUGUGUGUUGUGGCCUGUCUCUUUUUUUGUUUCAUUGUCCCCCUCCCUCUCUCACUGUAUUUGUGUGUGUAUUUUUUGUAUUUACAGGGCUCAUUUUAAAAAGAGACCUUGGUUUCAACAUGACUCCCUGUCAAAAUGAAGGUUAAGUUAAAUACAAAAUCAAAUUCUCCCUCAUCUCCCUGCAGGGUUCCUGGUCCCAGUAGGUGGUGUGUCUGUGUGUAGUGGUAGUAGUAGUGUGGGCCGGUUGGUGGUGUUGGAGGGACUAGAGAAGGCCAACUCUCUGACUGAGCUGCUGGGAGACCUGUGUGAAGGCCUGGAGAACCGUGGCAAGGCCUACCUGCUCCACGGUGAGGCCUACUGGACAUAGACUGGCUGACUAAAUGAAUGAGAGGAUAUGGUGUGAGGGAUAGAGUGAGUGAACCAGCGAGUGUGUGACUGAGUGAGCAAUUGAAUGAGAGGAUGAACUGACAAGUGAGGGAGUGAAAGAAUGAAUGGAUUAAUAAAGGAAUGAAUAGAUGACAGAAUGAACAGGUGUCUAACUACACUCUCCCCCCAUCAUCACCCACCCAACAGGCCAGAUGGGCCCGCACCACUUUCAGGAGGGAGGCUUUCUGAUUGGCACGCUGUCCAAGUCCCGCCUCAAAGGCUCGGAGCUCCGCCUCCAACAGCACUUCCGCUGGGUGACGCUGCGCUGGGACUCGGAGCCGUUGCACGGCCUUCUGGGAAGGCACCUCUGCAGGAAGCUGCUCCACAAGGUCAGUUACAGGAACACACUGCUCCCUUAGGAACAGAUCUAGAAUCAUUGUAUCCGUCCGUACCUUAGAUCAAUGCUUGUGGGUGACUUCAUCCUACUCCGCAAGUGUGGGCCAGCCAUCUUGGCUUUCUCGGAUAAGAUUGGAAAUACAGUGAUGUUCUGGAAAGCUGGGCGUUCCCUUAACUUUCUCUCUCCAGACGCAGGCUGGUGGCAGUGGUCAGUCUCCUGAGGGCCUGCUGGAGAGGACGGUGUGCUGGGUGAGCUGUGUGGCAGCAGCUGAAUGCCUGUCUGUCCCGCCACGAGGCCCUGCUAGGACCCCAGCUCUUCCUCUCCUGCCCCGUGGUGCCACACAACACACAGGCCAUCGUCAAGUAUGCACGUGUGUGUGUAUGGGGGGUGUCUGUGUGCAAACUCAUGUUACAAACUUAAGUUAGACUAUGCAUGACUGUGAGUGUUUCUGGAGCAAACUAAGGUGAUCGGGGAGCGGCAAUAUUCUGUGUGUUGUUUCUGUAUUUCUUUAUCUGUGUGUUCCUCCAGGUGGCUGGCCCGGCUGUGGAACAUGGUGGUGGUCCCUCGCGUGGAAGAGUCCAUCGUCACCCGGGUGACGGUCAAGCGCUCCUCCGGCCAGCAGGCAUCGUCUAGCAAUCUGCGCCUGAGCUCGGGCCAGCAGGCGGUGGUCAAGGCUGCCCUCAGCAUCCUGUUAAACAAGGCUGUCCUGCAGGGAUGCCCACUGCCACGACACGGUGGGUACACACUACACUGUUGCCUGACAACUCACCCUGAAUUUAAUUCCGCUGCACUAUGGAUCGCUACAUACAUUCGGUUUGAAACUGCCAUCCUAGCAGUCGUUUGUGUGACUUCAAAAUGAGGGCUGUUGUACAAAACAAAUUCAUCAGCGUUUGGAUCAUCUAACAAAUCUAACCAAUCAGUGUAUCAAAGUUGAUAACAUCAUCAUGUAGGCCGGCUCUGGCCCAACCCCAUCGGUUUCUGGGGCCAAUCAGAACGGUCAGAAUGUGUUGGCAUUCUAGAAAUCGUCGGGGAGGGAGGAAGGGGAGGAAGGGGAGGAAACGUCAGUUGGCCGGAGCGAUGUGGACGGGUAGCCAGCCAAAUUCACACUAUAGGGCCGACCCGAACUGAACUGCGCUGGCUUGGAUAUGUUCUUUUCACAUUGUCCUUUCCCGCACGGGUCCAGCAACUAUGGUAGAUGCGUUACCAGGCCAGCUCAGUACAGCUCGACUUGCUUGGAUCGAUUUGUCUCUUUUAGUGUGAAUCAGGAUUGUAUGUGUAUUUGUCUUAACUAUUUUGGAUGUAUGAUAGGUAGCCUGGUUGGGAGGUGGGUAGGUAGAUAGGUUGAUAAAGAGAAUAGUGUAAUAGUACUAAAUGUUAAUAUCUUUCCCUCAUCAGAGAUUGACAGGCACCUGUUGGAGUUCCAAGGCGGGACCUUCCCUCUCUCAGCCAUUGGCUCCUGUAAAGGAAGUGGUGGCAGGAAGGGGCGGGACAGCGGCAUGUGGAGACGAGCCAAUACCAGCCCACGAAAGAAGGGGAGCCCCACCUCCAACUGGAGCUGUGGAGGUUCUCUCAGAGAAGGUAAGGAUGAAGUAGUGUUUUCCCCUUCCAUUGUAUAGUUUACCCUACGAUUUUAGUUAGAAUAGCCAUAAUGGAUAUUCAUGUUGUCCUUUUGUUGCCCGCAGGGUCAUUGUCCAACACUGAUGUCCGCUUUAUCACCAACGGCAACGCUCUGAGGUGAGUGAUGUUAACCUGAGCCGUUUAUUUGACACUAUUGGGAAGUAUCCAUUUAGGAAUGUUUUACAGUAAAAUGUGUUUAUAUAACACAACCUCUGUAAUUUAUAUAAUGUGAUAUGCUGUGUUCUAGCCUCUAGGAAACGUGAUAGAAUAGAGUAUUGCUGAGAGCAUCCAGCAGGGGUCAGUGUAUUUUUAUCUAAGUGCGUGCUGAUGUUGUACUGUACUGUGUGAUUGUACUGAUGUUGUACUGUAGUGUGAUUGUACUGAUGUUGUGCUGUGUGUGUGAUUGUACUGAUGCUGUGCUGUGUGUGUGAUUGCAGUGUUGUAGAUGGUGACCCUGUGAGUCUGUCUCUCUGCUCUGACGAUGAGACUGAUCUGAUCAGGGAGCUGCAGACCUCAUGUGCUCCAGCAAGUCAGAGCCAGACAUCAGCAAGGUACCACUCACCCUCUUUCGCUCUCUCUCUUUCACUCUCUCUCUCACACACACACACACACACACACACACACACACACACACACACACACACACACACACACACACACACACACACACACACACCAUGAGGUUGACCUUUUCUGCCGGCUGUAUUUCUAUACGUUGCAGAUUGCUCAGUCCAAGGAGGACUUCAUUGUCUUCUCUGGCUCUCCAAGUGGACAAUCGCCCCGCCGGAAGACCGACCGUGAAGCAACCGCUCGACCACGACCACAGACGGUGAGUCAAACCGCACUUAAAGGCUCUAGUUAAUGGCUUUUGUUCCAGCCUAGCACUAAUGCACCUAUUCAGUUCAGCUCAUCACGUGCAGGGCUAGAACAAAAAUGUGAACUGUCUGGUGGUCCCACAGCAGAGGGUUGGGAAACACUUGCUCAUCUGUCUCCCCCUUUACAGACCGGCAGCCGUCACUCCACUCCCAGCCCCGCCCCAGGCAGCCCCGCCCCUAGCAAUGAGAGGCGAUCAGCUUCCCGUCCCAAAUCUCAGCUCCCCGUCCCCAGCAGCAGGGGACCGCAGCCACGAGCCAACAGCAGCAGUACUGCGCCACGAACACCCACCACGACCGCUAACCGCAACGCCAGCAGAACUGAACCAAGCAGCAGCAAAACAAGGCAGGCCCCAACAAGACAUAACAACAACGUCAACGAAAACAACCAACAACACGAGGACAUUUGGAUCCUACACCGAGACCUGCAUGAAACAACAACAAUACCAAGUAGUAGAUGAACUCCCUUUCUCCUCUCUUCCUCCUUUUCCAUCUUCCUUCCUUCCCACCACUCCGCUGUUAUGUCCCUCCAUGUUGUAA